GCGACGGAAUUCUGUUUACAGUUUGUGAUUGUGACAGGUUAUCAUUUUUCAAAUAGUUUCGUGCGUUUCGUGAAGACGUCAAGUUAAAAAAAAAAUUAUGUCGCGGAAAAAGCACAAUAUAUCGUACAUCAAACCGGAUGAACCAAAAUUUCUAAGAGAGCUGAAGGAAAAAAUUGGAUACAAGGAAGGCCCUACUGUCGAUACGAAGAGGGAAGUUCUACCAGAAAUAUUCGACGAUGAGAAGGAAGAGUUGACUGAUGAAAAACCUGUUGUUGUCAUAUUAAAUUCUGGUGAUUUAACAGCGGAAGAAGCAGAUGCCUUUAAAAAACAAAAAGAGAAAGAAGAAAAUAAUGCCCCAGCUGACCUGUCUAAGAAGAUCAUAUUUCGCAAGACUAAAGUGGCAGAAACGGAUUCUGACACAAUUGCCACCGAUAAACCUGUAAAAAAGAAAGCAAAAAAAGAAAAGCAAAAAGUUGUACUGUCCUUCGAUGCUAAUGACAAUGAUGAAGAUGACAUUGGAUAACAUUGAAUAUAAAUUCUUACUUGAGUGUACAUAUUACGUUUUAUGUACAGGGUGUAGAAAAACUAAAGGUACAAACUUCUACAGAUGGUAGAGGGGACUGGAAUAAAAUGUGUUUUUUUUUCCUUUUUUUUUUCUUAUAAAGUGGUAGUCGGAAAUGCUUCCUUUUUGCAUUGGGUAAAGAGACGAUUGGAACACAAAACGCCUAUACGAAAACGUUUUAUUUGAUUCAAACGUAGCUUUCUUCACGUGAAAAGGCAUUGUAACGCAUGUGUAUAAUUAUGUGUGACAAUUCCAAAGAAGUGAGCAAAAAUUUCCUUUCGUAUACUGUGUACUGUAUACUGAGUUACAAGUUACCUUUACAAAAGGAAAUUUCCACGUUUGGAUCAAAUAAAACAUUUUGGCAUAGGCGUUUUGUGUUCCAAUCGGCCUAUAACCAGUGCUUAAGCAAAAAGAAAACAUUUCUGACUACCACUUUAUGAGUUCCCCUCUACCAUCUCCAGAAGUUUGCACCUCUAGUUUUUCCGCACCUUGGAUAUAAACAAUAUUUUUUGUAAAUAGUAACCCAGAGAUAGCACAGUGGCGUCAAGUGGCGUAAUAGUGCAGUCAAAGUGACGGAUUGUUGUCGUAAGAGACGUCACUUUGACGGCAUUAUAACGUUAUUUGACGCACUGUGCUAUCUGGGAAUGUACAUUACUAUUAUUUUAUUAAUUUAAGAAUCAUUAUAGCUAAUAUUAUUAGAGAAUGAGUAAUAAUAAGAUAUUUUAUUUAAAAAACUUGAAAAAUUUGAC